CUUGAAAACCAAGCUGCGCCACUUGAAACCCUAACCUGACACAUUUCCUCUCUUCUUCUUCUGGUAUCUCACCUCUGUUUAAGCUCGUCGAAAAGAAGAAGAUAAGAAGAAAAAAAAUACUAUGGCAGGUAAAGGAGAGGGACCAGCUAUCGGUAUCGAUCUAGGAACCACAUACUCAUGCGUUGGUGUGUGGCAACAUGAUCGUGUUGAGAUUAUUGCUAAUGAUCAGGGGAACAGAACGACCCCGUCUUACGUUGCAUUCACAGAUACAGAGCGUUUGAUUGGUGAUGCUGCUAAGAACCAGGUCGCCAUGAACCCAGUCAACACCGUUUUUGAUGCAAAGCGGUUGAUUGGAAGGAGAUUCACUGAUGCCUCCGUACAGAGUGACAUCAAAUUGUGGCCUUUCAAGGUCAUUCCUGGACCUGGUGACAAGCCAAUGAUUAUUGUUUCUUACAAGGGCGAGGACAAGCAAUUUGCAGCAGAAGAGAUCUCUUCCAUGGUCCUCAUUAAAAUGCGUGAGAUUGCAGAAGCUUACCUUGGUUCUACUGUCAAGAAUGCUGUUGUUACUGUCCCUGCUUACUUCAAUGACUCCCAGCGUCAAGCUACUAAAGAUGCUGGGGUUAUUGCUGGUCUUAAUGUGAUGCGUAUCAUCAAUGAACCCACUGCUGCUGCCAUUGCUUAUGGUCUUGACAAGAAGGCUACCAGUGUUGGUGAGAAGAAUGUCUUGAUUUUUGAUCUUGGUGGUGGUACUUUUGAUGUUUCUCUUCUUACCAUUGAAGAGGGUAUCUUUGAGGUUAAAGCUACAGCUGGAGAUACUCAUCUUGGUGGUGAAGAUUUUGAUAAUAGAAUGGUGAACCACUUUGUUCAAGAGUUCAAGAGAAAGAACAAAAAGGACAUCAGUGGAAACCCAAGGGCACUUAGGAGGUUGAGGACUUCCUGUGAAAGGGCAAAGAGAACUCUCUCAUCAACUGCUCAGACCACUAUUGAAAUUGACUCCUUGUAUGAGGGCAUUGACUUCUACUCCACCAUUACUCGUGCUAGGUUUGAGGAACUUAACAUGGACUUGUUCAGAAAAUGUAUGGAGCCUGUUGAGAAAUGUUUGAGAGAUGCCAAGAUGGACAAGAGCACUGUACAUGAUGUUGUGCUUGUUGGUGGUUCUACCAGAAUUCCCAAGGUUCAGCAGCUUCUGCAGGACUUCUUUAAUGGCAAGGAGCUUUGCAAGAGCAUUAACCCUGAUGAGGCUGUUGCUUAUGGUGCUGCAGUCCAGGCUGCCAUCUUGAGUGGGGAGGGUAACGAGAAGGUGCAAGACCUUCUUCUUUUGGAUGUCACUCCUCUCUCUCUUGGUCUGGAAACUGCUGGUGGUGUCAUGACUGUGUUGAUUCCUAGAAACACCACCAUUCCAACCAAGAAGGAGCAGGUUUUCUCUACCUACUCCGACAACCAGCCCGGUGUUUUGAUCCAGGUGUACGAAGGUGAAAGAACAAGGACCAGGGAUAACAAUUUGCUUGGUAAAUUUGAGCUCUCUGGCAUCCCUCCUGCUCCUAGGGGAGUUCCUCAGAUCACAGUGUGCUUUGAUAUUGAUGCUAACGGUAUCUUGAAUGUGUCUGCGGAGGACAAGACUACUGGCCAAAAGAACAAGAUCACCAUUACCAAUGACAAGGGAAGACUCUCCAAGGAGGAGAUUGAGAAGAUGGUUCAGGAGGCAGAGAAGUACAAGUCAGAAGAUGAAGAGCACAAGAAGAAGGUUGAGGCUAAGAAUGCAUUGGAGAAUUAUGCAUACAACAUGAGGAACACAGUGAAGGAUGAGAAAAUUGGUGCCAAGCUUUCUCCAGCUGAUAAGAAGAAGAUUGAAGACGCCAUUGAGUCUGCCAUCCAGUGGCUGGAUAGCAACCAACUUGCUGAGGCUGAUGAGUUUGAAGACAAGAUGAAGGAGUUGGAGAGCAUUUGCAACCCAAUCAUUGCCAAGAUGUAUCAGGGUGCUGGCGGUGAAAUGGGCGCAGGAAUGGAUGAAGAUGCUCCUGCAGGCGGCAGUGGUGCUGGUCCUAAGAUUGAGGAAGUGGACUAAACUGUUUUUCUUGGGUUUCUUCAUUUAUGUUAGGUUUUUAAAUUUAAAUUGUCCUUUUUAUCGGAUUUCGGGUUGAUUUUUGGGCUUUGAAGUUAGAGGUCGUUCAAAGCCAAGUAUCCUUUAUUCGCUACUACUUUUUUGACAAUGAUGAAUUACAGACAUGAUAUUAUUAUUGCCUGAAGCUUCCUGCUCUGGCCAUUUUUAUUUCAAGAUUUUAGUUUGCUUGCGA